CGGGGCGCGCCGGGCAGCCGGGUCCGGGGUAGGGUGGACGCAGGCAGGAUGGAGGCGACUUUAGAGCAGCAUUUGGAGGACACAAUGAAGAAUCCCUCCAUUGUCAGAGUCCUGUGCACAGACUCACAAGGACUUAAUCUGGGCUGCCGAGGGACGCUAUCAGAUGAGCACGCUGGGGUGAUAUCCGUCCUGGCUCAGCAGGCAGCUAAACUGACCUCUGACCCCACUGAUAUUCCUGUGGUGUGUCUAGAAUCAGAUAAUGGGAACAUCAUGAUCCAGAGGAAUGACAGCGUCACAGUCGCAGUGCACAAGAUGGCCUCCUAGCGCCUCCUGUCCGUUCUUCAGCACCCCUUCACUGAGACUCGGUCCUGCCUGUUAACUGUCUUGUAGAACUAUUAGAGUUCACUGGUUAGGCCCUACAUCUGAUGUAACUGGGCAUUUUUCUAUUUAUUUUAGAUUAAGUUGCUUUGUAACCAGUCUAUCAGGAUAUUAGAAAAGGAUCGUGUUUUGAGGCAGCAGGUCCAGGUUACUUUGUGUAUAGAGUUUUACAUUCAAUAAAUCUGUGUAG